AAAUUUGUUUCAAGUAAUGGCUUUCAUCAAGUCUCUCCUGUUGAUGUCUGCCCUCUUGAUGCCUCUAGCUUUCAUCUGCAAGUCUCUCUUCUUGACAUGUCUGUAUCAUUUCAUCCGGAAAGACUUCCAUGAGAUUGUCUCCCGAAUGACUCUCCUGGAUAAAUUUCUCUUCCUUAUUGUGCAUUCCAUUGAUAAGCGGAGAAUGUGGCAUCGUUUACCGGUGUUCUUAGGCCUAUUUUAUCUCGAACUGCGUCGACACCUUAACCAACGGUAUAACUUAUUCCAUGUCGGUAAAACUCCGACUGGUGGUACGUUCCGUCCUGAGGAUUUUCCUUACAGGACGUCAGAUGGAGAAUUUAAUGAUCCUAUGAAUGCAAUUACGGGCAGCCAGGGAACUUUCUUUGGCAGAAAUAUUCUUCCCGUUGAUCAGGAAAAUAAGCUACUGAAACCAGAUCCAAUGGUGGUCGCCACAAAACUUCUCGCAAGAAGAAGUUUCGUAGACACAGGAAAGCAGUCCAACAUGAUAGCAACUUCUUGGAUUCAGUUUAUGAUACAUGAUUGGAUUGACCACAUGGAGGGUACCAAUCAGAUCGAGCUUGAAGCACCCAUUGAAAUUUCAAGCCAAUGCCCUCUCAAAACUUUCAAGUUCUACAAGACGAAGGAAGAACUAACCGAAUCUAAUUCCGAAAUCAAAAGCGGUCAUAUAAACAUUCGAACACCUUGGUGGGAUGGAAGUGCUAUAUACGGAAACAACGAGCAUGGGUUGCAAAGAGUGAGGGCUGGUAAAGACGGGAAGCUUAAAAUAUCAGAAGAUGGUCUUCUUCUUCAUGACGAAAAUGGAAUUGCUGUGAUAGGAGAUGUUCGUAAUAGCUGGGCAGGUGUCUCAACAUUACAGGCUCUUUUCGUUAAAGAACACAAUGCAGUUUGUGACGCCCUUAAGAAAGAAUAUCCUCAUUUGGGCGAUGAAGAGCUAUAUCGCCAUGCAAGGCUAGUAACUUCAGCUGUGAUUGCAAAGAUCCAUACAAUUGAUUGGACAGUAGAGCUCCUCAAAACUAAUACUCUACUCGCAGCGAUGCGUGCAAACUGGUAUGGAUUAUUAGGGAAGAAAUUUAAGGACAAAUUUGGACAUGUUGGUGGAGCCUUAUUAAGCGGAUUGGUUGGCUUAAAGAAGCCUAAGUAUCACGGUGUUCCAUAUUCAUUGACUGAGGAGUUUGUCAGCGUCUAUCGCCUCCACUCUCUUCUACCGGAUGAAUUUGAAGUCAAGGAUCACGAGGCUACACCAGUAGCUAACAAGCGUCCACCAUUGAGUGCCAAGAUACCAAUGGCAAAUAUGAUUGGGCUUAACGGAGAAAAAAAUUUAUCAAAACAUGGAUUCAAAAACCAAAUUGUUUCAAUGGGUUACCAAGCUUCUGGUGCCUUAGAGCUUUGGAACUAUCCUUUGUGGAUGAGGGACCUUAUAGUACAAGAUGUGGACGGAAAAAACAGGGUUGAUCAUGUGAACAUGAUAGCUCUUGAAGUAUAUAGGGACAGGGAGAGAAAAGUUGCGAGGUAUAAUCAAUUCCGCAGAGCUUUACUAUUGCUACCCAUCUCUAAAUGGGAAGAUCUAACAGAUGAUGAGGAAAAGAUUCAAGUUCUCCGUGAAGUUUAUGGCGAUAAUGUUGAAGAGCUUGAUCUGCUAGUAGGCCUCAUGGCAGAGAAAAAGAUCAAGGGUUUCGCCAUUAGUGAGACUGCAUUCGUAAUUUUCGUAGUGAUGGCUUCCAGAAGGCUUGAAGCCGACAGAUUUUUUACAAGUUAUUUCAAUGAAAAGACAUACACUAAGAAAGGAUUGCAAUGGGUAAAUAACACAGAAAGCCUUAGAGAUGUACUACACCGCCAUUAUCCGGAAAUUACAAAAAAAUGGAUGAACUCAACAAGCGCUUUUUCUGUUUGGGACUCACCGCCAAAUGCUUGCAAUCUUAUCCCUCUCUAUCUUCGUCUGCCAUAGUGAAACUCGAUGUUUAUGUUCAAUUCAUAAAUAAUUGUUUUGGUCAACAAAACAUGUGUUGGUUAAAUGUGUUCACUUGUAUUUGAAGUACAUCUUCUGUCUGUUAUCUGUCGUUGUUUUGAGUUCUUGUACGUGAAUAAAUUUGAUUUUUAGUA